AUGACUGAGAUCAAGCAGCUGAUUGACAAGCUCAACAGCACCACCCAGCAACACCAGAUCCUCACUGCUAACGCCACCAGAACACUGAAGAUCAUGAAAACAGAAAUGAAAGCGCUGGAGAAGUUCGACACCAUGCAGGUGAUAAAGGGACGACAAACCAUCGAGGUUCUGAGGACAGACCUGGACAGUUGCAAAAAGGAAGUGAAGGCACUCACCCAGCUUCCACAGCUUCCACAGGGUACUUGUCCUCGCAGCCGGCUUGUUAGUGUUACCGGGCCAGUGUUCUACACAGAAGGAGAGUAUCCUGACUUGUAUUCUUAUGGAGCCUGGGGCUGUGAUCCCAAACCAGAGAAAGGGAAAGAAAACUGGUAUUGGUUGGUGAUGAUGACUUCCAACAACAGAUACUCCAACUACAUUCGUUUUUACUCCAGCCUGAACUCUCUCAUUAGGGGGGUGAGUGCCCCAGGUAAGGAACUGCUGUGUAGUGUCAAACGUGCCAGUCGUCCCUUUGAAGUGGCCGAUGACAGGAUUGAAUUCCUUUGA